UUUCCGGUUAAUGGAGACACUGUUGUCAUAUUUUCGUACAAAGCUCUUAUCCAUCUCAAUGUAGAUACUUACAGUGCUUUGUUAGGUACUUUAGGCGAUUGAAAAUGAUUUAUUUAUAACGGUUGAGUACGUUUGAAAGAACCAUGUGACCGUAAUGAAAGUUGAACAACCACCAUCGACCAUGAAUGAACCUGGAGAAAGGACUCCAGAAGAGCUUCUGAGCGUGGAAAUGGUUCCUGACAUUGGUUCAGAAGUGGUGAACCUCAGUAUUGCCACCACAACAUCUCCGCUCAAAGUUAGCGACAGAGAGACAGUAUCGGAUACUUCGUCAGACAUCAUGGGUUCGCAGUACAUCAGUAUUCAUAGAGUUGCUGAUGUGGAUUCUCUUGAUAAGUCAUUGGUGGAUGCCACCUCGAGCGCCCUCAUGAGCUCGGAGAUGAUACAGCACCACGUCGUGCACGGGGGGAUGGUCGUCGACAUGAUGGUUCCCGUGUCGAACGGCACGGCGGUGUCGGACUUCGCGCAGGCGCACGCGUCCCACUUCAUCUCGGAGCACUACGACGCGGAGGACCUGCUGAGCCACGGCCUGACGGAGGAGGACCGCAAGCUGGCGGCCGCGCUCGUCGCCGUGCAGCUGGUGCAGCAGCAGAAGCACCACCAGGGCUCGCCGGAGGCCCCCGGCCUCCUGUCCCCCUCGUCCAAGGUCCACGUGCCUGUGUCGCUGGCGGAGCACGGCCAGCCCGUGUCGGCCAUGGUCUCCAGCUACAUCCAGGCCGUGGAGGAGGAGGCCCUGCUGGACCAGCCCCUCCCGCCCCUGAAGAAGGCCCUGUCGAGCCGGUCUCUCAGCGCCAGGAGUCGCUACCUGCGGCCGCACCUCCUCGGCAAGCCCGACGACGGCCUGCAGCUCCCCCCGCCCCAGGUCAGCUCCCUCUCCGAGCAGCUCCGGGAGGAGUACGGCAUCAAGUGCGAGGGCCUGGACGACGACAUCAUCAUCGAGGAGAGCGACGACGGCAUGCAGGACGAUAACGAUUCCGACUAUGACGUGGAGAACGACUUGAGGUCUUCGCGGAAGUCUCUCCCCCACAAGAAGCGCAUCCCGAGGAAGCUCAAGAACAUGAAGAAAACGUCCUCCCCGUCGCACUGCAGUCUUGCCAAGCUCCACAAGUGCAGCACGUGUGGGGAUCAGUUCAUGAGCCAGGCAGCCUUACGCAGUCACUGGCUCACGCAUACAUCUCCCAAAAAAAUGUUUAGCUGUGAACUGUGCGGGAAGGGUAUCGUGAACCAGUUGAAGUUCUUUGAGCACCUCAAGUUUCACUAUGAGCCUGCAACCAUUACCAAAAGUACUGUUGAUGAUAGGACUUCAGACCCGAACAAGUCGGGCACAAGCUUGUUGAAAGAAGUGUUGUUGUCAUCCUCGAGAAAUAAUCUUACGAUCACAAGUGGACCGAUGCCCAGUAAACCGCCCGAAGCUGUGCCGGAAACCAUCGGUGCGAUACCGCCACCUCUGACGUGCGGGCAGUGCGGAAGGACGUUCAGGCGACAGAAGGCGUUGGAAACCCACAUCAGCGUGACUCAUCCCAAGCAAGAGGAGAUAGAAGAGUUCAGUGAGCCCGAAGAUCUGAUGGAGGGAAUAAGAGGUGUGGUGGAAGUUGAUGGUGAUACGGGGGACGAGGCAGACAUGGAUUGUUUGGGUCCCUCUUCGCUCAUGCGGGGCCUGAAGAGCGGUGUCGACAAAGUGUGGUACCGCGAAGAGGACCUUCGAGCAACGGAAGUAGAUCUUCAAGCGAUGGAGUCGAGCAAUCAACCGGGCCAGCCCACGAGCGAAGAGGACCACAUAUGUGAUUUGUGCGGGGACAUCUACGAGAGCCGUGAUCACCUGACUGACCACGUGAGGGAGGAGCAUCUGGAACUCUCCCCGCGUAGACGCUCCGUGCAGCGUCACGUGCUGCAGUGUUUUCCCAAGCGUCAGAACAGGGCAGCUAACCGCUUGAAGUGCACGCAGUGCGACCGUACGUUCAACCACCGCAACUCGCUUGUGUAUCACUUACGCUCUCAUUCUGGUGAAAGACCUCAUCAGUGUGAAGUCUGUGGGAAGAGCUUCUUUGCAGCAAGUGCACUUAAGGUACACAUGCGCUUGCACUCCGGAGACAAGCCGUACAAGUGCGAGUUUUGCGGGAGGCACUUCCGGCAGUGGGGCGACCUCAAGUACCACUGCAUCUCCAUUCACUCGGAGGAGAAGAACUACCAGUGCGAGUACUGCGGCAAGGACUUUGCCCGCAAGUACUCGCUCAUCGUCCACCGCCGCAUCCACACGGGCGAGAAGAACUACAAGUGCGAGUUCUGCAACAAGACCUUCCGAGCUUCGUCGUACCUGCAGAACCACCGCCGGAUACACACAGGGGAGAAGCCGCACCCGUGCGAGGUGUGCGGGAAGCCGUUCAGGGUGCGCUCGGACAUGAAGCGACACCUGAACACACACACGCGGGAGCGGCCGCGGGGAGGCGCGUCCCACGACGGCGAGCCGCCCACCAAGCAGGAGGCCCCCGACGAGGAGGCGGAGCCGGCCGAGGAGGACGAGGAGGAGCAGGACGCGGAGUUGGCGGCCCUGGAGGCCAACGAGCAGAGCAUGCAGGUGCUGCCCGAGAUGCAGCCCGUCACCGAGAUCACCAUCCAGACGUCCAGCGCCUCGGGCACCGUGCUGAGCCAGGACCCCAUCAACCUGAACAUCGCCGUGCCGACGCGCCACCAGCUGUCCUCCGAGGACGUGCUGCACUACACCCGCGACCCCCUGGAGACCGUGCGAGACGGCACCAACACGGUCUACGUGUGGCCCAUCUACAUGGCGUAGCUCUGCUUCACCGCUAGUUGCGUUUCCACUCGGUGGUUCUCUCUGGAUGCUUCGAAGCAUAAUGUACGGACUUGAUGAUCCCUGGUAGAGCAAACAACUGUAAUUAUUUCUUUUUUAACUGUGCCUAUUCUGGCACAUACUUUAGGGUAAACACAAAUAUUUUCCUAAUUUAUUUUUUGUUCCAAGCGAAUCCAUCAAUGCAUUUACAUUAAAGAUAAUUAAUUUACCCCUACAUAUACAUCAUGCAAAGCAAUCAAGAUUACAAAAAAUAAACUGCGACUUUAAAACUCAAACCUAGUCGGGUAAAUAGUUUCAGGUUGUUUUAACUCAAAUGUUGAGCCUUUGACGGAAUGUGACUAAAAUGUAAUUUUUUUAAUACUCGAUACAUAUUUGAAAUAGUGUUCUAUUUUGCAAAAACUUUAUAACGAAAUCUCUUUAUUAUAUUCUUGCUGUUUACAACAUAGUUAUUUUAUGUUAUUUUAUUACAUUACAGAACAUGAAAAGCACACGGUACAGCUGCAACUGUUGUAACUGCAAUUUUUUCCCUGGGAUUUUAUAUUAAGAGUUUGUUUGUUUUAUAGUUUAGAUAAUAUGAUUUAAAAUACCAUUAUGUCUGUAACAUAAAAUUUGUGAUGUGACAGCAGGCUCUAAGCAUUAUAUUAUCCAACAGCACGUGCUGGAAACCUUUUAACAGCACUUAGAGAUCUUAUGCGAGCAUGUUAAGUGUUCUGCCUACUUAGAAACACAUAUGGUGUGCGGAGUUUUAAAAAAAAACUCAAUUUAAAAACUGCUCAAGAUAUCAAAGUAGUGUCUUUUUACUUACAGCAUCCAAGAAUACACUAGGGCGGAUGAGUAGAGGAGAAGGUGGUAAUAUGGACCCCCAUUUAGUUUUAUGAAAUUUACUUGUAACUUUACAGCUUCAAUCAAUUAUUUGAUGCGUGGAUAUCUUCUUUAACUUAUUAUACACACAUUUCUUGCAUUUAAUGAAAUUUAUUUAUACCUACAAAUUAUCUGGCAUGAGUUGUUUCACAAAGUGUGAAAAUGCCUACUGACCCAUACAUGCUGGUAAUAUGGACCCCUAAUAGUCGACAUAAUAUUUAAAUUGUAUUAAGACAACACAGACCAUUCAAAUUCAAUUCUAUGGCACAAUAGUCAUACCUAAAUACUUAAAUACCUAAAUUAAAAUCUAAAGUCCACUUAAAUAAAAUGUUUAGCGACAAAAAUCACACAUAUAGGAAAUGUCCUUUUCAGCCUCAGCACAUUCACUGUGUGCCCAUUGGUUGCACAUCUCGCACCUUACCCACAAUUCUCCCCUGCAGUCAUCAGUAAAUGCCCCUUCACAAAACAUGCAGAGAGAAUCUUCUGUAUCUGGAGCCUUUCCUCCCACUGGGACUUCAAGGGGUGACUCUGUCUUAGCAUCAUCUAAUGCACACGAUGCGUAAGAGUCACUAUCAGAACUUGAUCCUUCAAAUGCCAGUCUCCUUUUCUUAGUUCGUUUUACAGUUCUUGGGCGCUGAAAGACAAGACCAGACGUGUUGGUAAAGUCUGAGUCUAAGUCUGCUCAGUUGUAGGUUGACAGAAAGAAACCUACACAUCUUCCUCGACCUGUUCUUUUUUUCGACAGCUUCGCUUCUUUUUCUUGAAUUGCCACCUGUAAAGCAGUUUUUAUACGGGGACCCAGUAAUUAUAUUUGCGGAUGAUGGUUUCCUCCCACGUUUUGAUUUGUUUGAGUCGAGGUAGAUGCUGAAUAUCCUUAGGUGAAAUAAGAGACGACUUGUUGCCAACUUGAGAAGUAGGGCUAAUGGCCGCAGUCGAUGCAAUCGGUGAAGACUGCAUAGGUAUGGAGAUUAAGGUUGGUGGAUUGUUGGACACUGUAGAGAUGCUGGAAGUUUGGCUUUGUGCAUUAAGAAUCUCAGCAGCUUGUUGUGCAGCGAGAAAUUCUGAUUCUGGAAAAAUAUUGCGGUUACAUGGCCAGAUACCAGUCACUCGGAAUCCAUUCACUGCAAUAGAUGCCCUCGUGCAUUCUAAGUAGGCCUUUCCGAACAGACCUGCAAUGUCAAAUGGUCCCAGACGUUUCUCUCCAUGGAAUAGCUCUUGUCGAAUGAAAUCACUGUAGUAAUAUUUCAAUGGCCCCAUGAAUGUUCUGUCUAGAGGCAGAAGUUUGUGCAUAGUGUGGGCUGGCAAAGAUAGGAUGAGAACGUGAUUGUCCCGUGCCAAAUUGAUUACGUCCAGGUUUUUUGUGUGUGAGUAAUGCCCAUCCAAAAUUAGGAGAACUGGGUUUUCCUUUGUGGGUUUCGUUUUGUCAACGAAGUGUUGAAGCCAUUCAGUGAAGAGGUUUGCCUGAACCCAUCCUGAAGGGUGAGCUCUUCCUAUUGCACCAGGUGGAGCACCCCUCAUCAUUUUCUUUCGAGGAAAAAUGAGCAUUGAGUUAAGAAAUAAAUUAUAAAUCGCAGACAUUAAAUAAAAUAAGAAAAAUUUACAGUUCCUAAAUUAUUUCUUGUAAGAAAUAGACCCGAUAAAAAUGCAUGUAAUAUGGACCCCGGGUCCAUAUUACAGACAUUCCAAGGGGUCCAUAAUACCGACAGCACCAUGUUGGAUUUGGAAUUCAAUAGUACAUAGAGAAACAGAAAAUAUCGAACUCUGAUAAUAUACUGUUACAGCCUCAAUAUUACCCUAUAAGAUAAAAUAAAAAACAUUUCUUGUUAUGCAAAUUAAACUUAAAUUAGAAUAAAAUUUUACAUACCUUGCAAAAAUUUUCACAAUAUUAGAAACUUUCCUUGCCUUGUUCAUAUAAUGCGACAAUACUGGUUUGCUGCGACAUCUACCUGCUGUUGGCACUUCAUAAAGAGAUAGUUCAUACAAUGACCAAAAGAGUGCAGCACGUCACUGCUUGGAAAUUGAGGGGGUCCAUAAAAUCAGCGGGGUCCAUAUUACCACCUUCUCCUCUACUGUAGUUCUGUUUCCAUAUUUUGCUUUUAAACUUUUUUUUUAAGUGUGAAAAUGACUAAAAUGUAUUUUUCAGAAUUAUUGUUAAGAAUGGAACACUUGGUACAGAUUCUUGAAGUAGUAUCUAUAGCAUCUUGCAUUACACCUUUAUUUUUAUUUCCCCGCCAGAUAAUGUUAGGAUCACUGCUCAAUUGUCAUAGUUGUCCUAUGCACGAUGGGAAAACAGCGAGCAUCGCACUUUCUAUCCCAAUUCACUAACACAGACACACUUUUGACUAGGCGGACCCCGUAUCAUCUGGUGUUUUAUUUACAUUUUUUUAGAUGUUUUCGAAUAAUUUCACCAAUUUUUUUUUUUCUUAUGGCACUGCAUGCUGGUUUAUUUCCUAUUGUGUAUUCAUCACUCUUCAUUGAAUUCCUAUGAUUGGUACUAUAGAAUGCUGUUUAUAUGUUUUACAUGUUGAAACUAAACUUUCUCCUAGUUAUUUUGUGGUAAUUUUUACACUUAUUUAAUUUUUGGAAGUUCAUCAAAGAUCUAUUACAUAGAAGUACAUGGACUGCCGUUCUACACAUGCAAUCUCUUUGUGUACGAAACACGUCACUGCACUACGGAAACAAAUCUUUACAGUUCAGUUCUCUUAUUUAAUUAAACUUACCAUAUGGUAUAUUAAUUCUUUUUGUGUGGUGUUAUAUUUUGAUAGUGUGUGUAGGAUUAGUUUUUUAAAGUCUGUUUUGUCAUCUGUAGUAAAAUUUUAUUUGUUUGGAAAGAAUGAAUGUGGUCAUUUUAAAACAUUAAGCAUAUGUUGGAGGUGACAUUUAAUGUUAAAAAUGUUGUUUUCAUAGAAAGAAAAUACUGUUUUUAAUACUCUCAGUAUUUAGUAGUGUUUGUAAGACAUUAGGAAAAUCUGUUUCAUGGUAUCAAAACAUCUUUGUGCCAACUUAAGCACUACAGUAAAAUCCAUGUCUAUGUAGGGAUAAUUUUUGGUUUUGUUACGUGUAGCAAACUUCAUUUAAGCCAAGAUUGUUUAUUGUUUAAUUGUUAAUUCGUAAGAAAGUGAAAUAUAUUUAUGUGGAAUGCUGAACAUAUGGUAUAUACAUAAACAAAAAUGCAUUAAAAAUAAACAAAACUUAGUAUCCAUUAUAAUUCAUGUUACUGAGUUGCCAGUAUUAAGUCAGCAAACAAAAUUCUAGACAUGCUUAACAUUUUGAUUUCAAUAUUUUUCAAGCAGAGGAUUUCACUGAGGAAUACAAAAAUACAAUGCAAUAGUAUUUAGUGUUAUGCCAGCAAUUCUUGUAACUAUAGGCAUGGCUAGAACUCAUUUAAUAUUGUCCUAUUACAAGGACCGGCCAUUUUAAUCUUCAGCAUGAAUUUGUGAUACUCAUAAGCAGACACCUGAAAAAUGCAUGAUGGCAAUAAACUCUUAUCUUAAACUCUUAUCUUAUCUUAAAUAUCUUAGAGUUUUGAAGUUAGAAUGUAAAUUUCUAUAUAUAAUUUUUUUUCUCACCUUUCACAGAUUUAUACACAAGUAGGUUCCAUUUUAAAAAUCUUUCAUUUUCAUGACUUUUUUGUCAUGAGUAACUAAAAAAAGGUGCAUGAUAGAGAAAAAAUUUAAAGGUUAAAACAUGGUGCAAAUUAAAUUUUUUACAAUAAAGUUCCAUAGUAAUUUUUUUGUAUCUCUAACCAUUAAAAUUUUAUUGGCUAAUCUUAACGUGCAUUACAGUGCUGCUGUUACCGUAUUUACUCGUGUAUAGCGCGCCCUCGUGUAUAGCGCGCACCACGAUUUUUGCAACAAAUUCCAAAGAAAAAAAAAAUUGAAAUUUUUUUUCCCAUAAAUAAAAUUUACUAACAUUUUGUGGUACCUGAUUAUUUAAAUUGAUGUGUGGUGAUGCGUCAGGAAAAUACUUAAACUCUGCUGUGUAGACGGAAGAUAAUGAAGCGCUGUAUCGUCACAACUGGUACGUGGGCGGGAGGAAGGGAGGCAGGCAGGAAUGUGACACGGACUAGAUGACUCACCGGUAAAAUAAUUUUAGAUAUAUUUACGGUAACACACAUUUUUUUUUUUUUUUUUACUUUUUAGCACCGCUUUUGUGUUUUUAAGUGAAUUUUAGCACCGCUUUUGUGUUUUAAAGUGAAUUUUAACACCGCUUUUGGUAAUAUUUAAUGACGAAAUCUGAAAAUUUUAUGUACCACUUUCAGGGGGCCCUAUAUAUACCUAUUCAACAAACUCACAAAGACUUUUAUAGGCUGUUGGCUACAGAAAGAGCUUAGUUGAAAAAUUACACGCACUGUCUCUAAACUGUAUCCCUUAUGGCACUUUUGACUGCCUUCCGAACCGGCACGGAAGUGCGGUGAGGCAGGGUAUCACUGGAAUGUGUAGGAGAGGGCAGGGAGAGAGAAAAAGAGAGCACUCAUGAUAACUGAGUUUGUUGUAGGAUCACUCACAUUUCCUUUCCUUUUCUGUGGCUCAUUCUUUGGAACAAGCGACUGUCAACUUAAACAUUAAAAAAAAUUUUGUUUCACACUUCACAAGAGUCCAAGAAACAUGUAUAGAAAAUACAGUAAAAUGAAAAAGAGAGAAAUAUACAUGGAACCAUGAAAGAGUGGAGUGAAAUGCAAGAAAAUAAAUACCUAGCAAUGCAUUUUCUUAAACCAGUAAAUAUUUAGUUCUAAUAAUUGUUUUGUUGAUUCAACUGAUUUUAUACAUAAAAAAUUGAGUAUGAGUAUUUUGAAUAAUUUAUAUUUUUAUCACAUAUUAUAUAUUGCACAUAAACAGGAUCUUUUGCAAACAAAAACUAAGGAGUUUUUAAGGACUUGUUUACUUCGUUGCGCAGACCCUAUUAUUCACCUAUAUCAGCUGCUUGUUGCUUUAAAAGUGGUAGUGUAAAGAAUUGGUAAUGACGAAAGUUCCACCAAGAAAGCUAUCAAAUAAUGCAAAACCAGAAAGAAACUGGCGAAGAGUUCACCGUGCUAUCAUUUGACGACUACAUUUAAUAUUUACAGUGAGAAAUUUUCUGCACCUUUAGUAUUAAAUGCAGUUAGAUACAAGAUUUAUGAAAUUGAAUUUAUGUGAAGUUAUUUAUAACUAUUAGGUAAAUUUUCUCUCCCCCCCCCCCCCCCAAAAAAAAAAUUAACUAAAAAAAAAGACUUCCAAUUAUUAGGUCUCUAAUGAUUAUGAUUAGUCAUUGGCUGUGUCACAUGUUUAUAGGCACAGUUAUAUUUAAGCAACAAAAAUUUUGUACUGUGCAACUUUGCCCAUACAUUUCUUCUGUAUUCACUCUAGUUGAUUAUUAAACCACAGGAUAGGAGGUUAGGUCACCUUAAAGGCAUAGUGGGUGGUCAUAUGCAUCCUUGUAACACAGCUACAAAAUUCUAAGAAAUCUAUUAUUUCCACCAACAAAAGGAAAGGAUUUGAAAGCAAACAGUGGGCAAAAGUGGUCUGUUUCCUCCCUUCCCCCCUCCCGAAAUGAAAUUCUGCAUCUGCUCCUGCAGAAAGUUUUGGGCAGUUAGGUUCCUCUCAUCUUGACUUUGCUGUGUCAUAUUUCAUGAACUUGUUGUGUGGUCACACACUUUGUGAUGUGAAACUACUUUGGGCGUGAUUAGAGUAAAAUUUCAAGGCCAAAUUUUAAUGCAGCUUUUCGUGAAACAAUGUUGUGAAAUGUUUCUGACUCGAAAGGGCAGAGGAUAAGUAAAGCACUAUGCUAUAUACGUUGCUGGGCUCAUUUUCAUUCUUCUCUAUACAGUCAGCUGUGAAUGCCUUAAAUUUUAUAUUUGCUACCAGUGCGCUCACUUUCAUCCUUGUUCAACCAGCAGUGUAAAGAGUGCUGUUGAGACAGUACCUUCAUUUCCUGCAUUGAUAGCGCUACCUGUAACAAAUUUCAUGUUUAGUACAGAAAUUUUGCAUGUUCCAAAUUGCAGAAUUGUUUGAAGAAACAGUAACAUGCACAGUUUUUUUAUGGUCUGAGUAUUUCAUCAGUGAGUAAUAUUUAUUUAGAAAACUGUCUUCUUACUCUCUGCCGCUUUACCCAUUACGAUAUACUUAAGAGUGUAGGUUUGAAUUCUCAAAGAAGUUUCACUUCUAUCACAUGUACUGAGUUACACACACUCUUUUUUUUUUUUCAUUGCAGCUAUGUAGCUAGGUUAUUAGAAAGCCUAAUCGACCUGGUAGAGAGCCUUGUAUAGUCUUUUUGUAGUUAAUUUCUUAGUUUUUUGCAGUGGAGUUUUCAUCCAUGUAAUCAAGGUAAGCGGCAAUUACACUUAUUCGUAGGUAUUAUAUAUGUGCACAGACUGCAGUAUUUCCUAUUGUUAAGCAAGCAUCAAAGCAGUUUGGUUGAAGGUGAAGUGGGGAACUUCCUCUCUUACCUGUUCACCACAACCAUGGCAUAAAGUUUUAUGUUUCUGCUUUGCAGUGUUAGGACUGCAAAAGUGUUUGCUUGCCAGGUGCUUACUGGGUCCAUUAAGCUUGUAUGUAUGCAUGAUGGAAGUGCAUCUCCGAGGUUCUAGUAUGUUCACUCGGGGUGGGUUACCAACUUAAUGGGGAACAAAAAAAAAUUGUUGUUUAAACAGUACCUACCAAUCUGCAUAAAAUAAAUUAUUCUAUAAUGUAUAUUAUCUAAAUUAAUUUAUAUCUACCUCGUCUAUCUUUAUAUAUAUAUAUAUAUAUAUAUACACCAAUCUCUUACUUAGCACAUCUUCCAAUUGCGCGAAUUCAUUUACAACAAUGUUAAUUUUACUGCUCCAGUCUUGAAUAGCAUGUCUGUAAAUUUCAGUUAGCACAAAAUCACCACAGGCAAAAAGAAAUUCGGGCAUGACGCCUCAAAGUCUGCUUCAACUCAAACAAUAGAUGUGUUGUGGCAUACAGUUAGCAAGACAAGGGGGGAAGAGAUGCAUGCGCAGAUCUGACUACGCUGUUGCAACUUCAGUUGCGGCUAUGGAGUGUAAAUGACCAAAUGUCUUUAUGUCUGUGUGUAUGCUGGUGGGCUGUACCAUUGUUGCCCGGCCACAGACCGAGCCGUGACGAACUUCAGUCUAGCCAGUGGCAGGUAACUCGCACGCACAAACACAAAGCAACGGCUGCCCAUUCGUCUGCCGGUAAGUGUAUUGCGCAAGCACCUGCAGUUGAAAUCAUAUUGGAAUCAUGGCUUCCAAGUGAGUGCGUAAUGCAUAGUGUUCAGGUAUUUGAGACACAACUAGAAGUAUUACAGCGUGCAGACUUUCAUGAAGGCUACACUUAUGUUGGUCGCUCUUUGGUUUUAAGCAAGUCAACUGUGCGCACAAUCGUACGAAAUAAGGAAUCUAUCAAACGUUUACACAAGUAUGAUCCUGUUGGUUUUACUAGCGGAAAUAUAUUUGACCUUAGGUACCAAACAGAAAUGAACUGAUGAUUUCUAUGGAAAAGGUUGUUAAGUGAAUGGUGCAAUGAAAAAAAAAAUCAUAUGCAUGACAGGUUUGGUGUGAACCAAGGGGUAAUACGCGAACAAGCACUUUAAUUUUUGAAAAAUUAAAAUGUAAAUAACGGGACAGUAAUAUUGGUUUCACUGCCAGUAAGGAUGGUGUUUGGAAUGUUCUUGGAAAAGUACGUGAUGUGAGUAGAAUUGGUCAUGUCUGGGUGAGCAAGUAAACCAGCUGACUUGACGAUAAGUAGGCCUAUGUUACCACCUAUCUCCCGUUACGCAGUGCUGUAUUUGUCCUACCAAGUAUUCAAUGGUAGGCUUAUAAAGAUAAAUGGUGUGACAUUUAUCAUUGCAUGUUAUUCUACACAUUUAGAUUAUGUAUAGAAUAGUGCCCUACACAUUUUGUAACACAUUAAGUGGAUUAUCCUUGCUAUUUAUGGAGACUAAUGCUUCAGAAUACAUGAUUUAAAAUAACAUUAACAGUUUUAGGAACACAUUAGCCGUGCUAAGUGAGGGAUUGAUGUAUUAAAUUAUGUAAAUGUAUGUUGGUAAUGGAAAAAGGAAAAUUUUCUGGGAAAAUACGGUUAUAUUUUCGUGCUCACAUCUCUAACUUCAGGCUUUGAUAAAGCCGGCGUACAGGACAGCGUCUUUUUUCUACAAUAUUUCAGACAGGCAAAUACUACGUAUAAAAGUUUAAUAGGUAUAUCAUUAUUACAUCUUCAAUAUUUAAUUAAAAGAUACUUUGAUUACUUUCCUUGUAAUGCAGGUCUAUUGUCAUAGUACACUGUACUUGCUAAUUUGGCACGAGGUUCAAAGAAUUUUAUUGUGUUUGAAUAUUUAUAUUUUUAAUAGUUUCACCAACUUUAGAUUUUUCCUAGUUAAAUGUGUCAUGAUUGGACAGGGUAGCCUCACGCUUCCACCAACAAAUCUAUUCCAAAUUUUAUUGAAAUUAGUUCAGUUGUCCAAACUUUCACAUUUAUAUAUUAUUAGGAUUUAGUAGUAUGGAAUGUAUCAAGCUGUGCGAUGGAAAAUUUCUGUAAUGGAAGUUUCAGGGUGUCUACUGACCCUGGAAAACCUGGAAAAAUCAGGGAAUAUUGUAAUCAGGGAAAAAUCAGGGAAUUUUUGUUUGGUAGGUUGUAGUUGGCAAUACGUUUUUUGUUUAUUGAUCUUCUUGCAUUGACGUAGCAUCAAGUGUAUCGCGGCUCAUUUUUUUAAUUUUUGAAUGGAAAAUAACGAACAGUUCCCACGUUCAUUUUCUUUUAUUUACUAUCGGAUUCGGAAGUGUCGUUAAAUCACGUGAUACAAACUGGUUCAAGCUGGUCUGUUAUCCUGCUGACGUACGUAUUGCAGCAUGUGCUUCCCACGCUGGGAUUAUACCAACAGGUGCAUUUAAUGCCCUCACCGUAAACUGGGCAUUUUUGUUAGCUUUGAAAAUACAUAUCACAGACACUUUUGGUGAAGAUUCGCCAUCGUUGCUAGAAAUUGGUAGCUGUGGGCUUCAUACGGUCCAUGGUGCUUUCAAAACUGGAAUUUCUGCUAUACAAUUGGACGUUGUUAGUUUUUUCAGGUACAGUUACUAUUUGUUUAUGCAUGUACCUGCAAGGAGGGCAGAUUACAGUAGAAUAACUGGAUCAGAGCUUUUUUCCAAUAAAUUUUGUGCAAUCAGAAGGAAUACUGCAGUUGCUGAGCGUGCCAUGAAAACGUUACCCCACCUAAAGAAAUUUGUUAAUGAAGUUUCUAUUUCAUCUGUGUCUUUCAGUGUAGUGAAAAGUGCUCUUGAAGAUUAUCUUCUAGAAGUAAAAUUGACAUUCUUCUACUCUUUGGCAUCAGAGCUGGAAUUGUUUCUCACAAUGUUCCAAAGUGAAGCACCCAUGGCACCUUUUCUCUAUGAUUCACUGGUAGACAUUUUAUUAGCUUUGGCAGGAAAGUUUUUGAAACCAGAGGUACUGAAGAGCUUUAGGGAGAAACGCAAUGUAUCUCGAUUGGAUGUAGAUAACCAGGAAAAUCUAUUGACUGCUAACAAUAUCUAGUUGGGUUAUGCAGUACGCCAUGCCAUCAAGAAAGAGAAAGUACCAGUAAAGUCUGUCCUGUUACUGAAAAAUGAUGUUAGGACUUGUCUAAAGGUAAUGGCAAAAAACUUCAAGACAAAAGUCCCCUGAAGUACAAACUUACCAAGGGAAUUUCCUGCUUAUGUCCGUCUGUGGCUUUAAAUUCAGGUGUGAGGAAACAGCAAGUGAAUUACAGUUUAGAAUGUUGUCUUCAAAACAAGUGGCUAUAAGGACAAGAAGCUGAUAACAUUGAGUGAUCAUAUCAGUUGGUAUGUUCCUCGCAAGAUUCUGAAGCACUGUUCUCGUCUUUUUCUCGAGAAGACUGGCGCCUUGAUCACUUGUAGAUGCUUAUUCUUAAGGCACAUACAGUAGCUGCCAAAACAGGCCUUCUAAAGUUUGUGAGGAUGAUGUUGGUACUUUCCCAUGGAAAUGCGUCAUUGGAAAGAGGAUUUUCAGUGAAUUCUAAUCUGCUGACUGAAAACUUGCAGGAAGAAAUACUGAUCGCACAAAGACAGAUGUACGACUUUGUUCAACGUUCUGGAGGUGUAGAGCAUGUUGAUAUCACCAUGUCCAUGUUACAGUAUGUAAGAAAUGCUAGUUGUAGGCGUAAGGAAGCCCUGCAAAUAAAACAAAAAGAAAAGGAAGCUACAGACAAGAAGAAGGCAGAAAAAGAAGAGUUGAAGAGGAGAUCAAAGCAUUGCAUUUGAAGAAGGCUCGAGUGUUGGAUUUGGCUCAUUCUGAAGCAAGUGCAAUAGAUGCAAAAGUUGAGUCACUGCGAAAUUGAUGGGAGCUUCCUUUUACUUAUGUUUUUGCAAAAGUAAGUGUGUGUAAUAUUUAUAGCAGCAUGUUUUAUUUGCCAUCAAUUGAGUCACUUUGGCCACGUCUGGAAGAAGGUAUUUUUUUUUAUUAAUUUAAGUGAGUUGAAAUACUUUGAAACCCGUCAAUGUACUGUUAUGCAGUUUUCUCAGUUUCGUGGAAUGUCGUAAUUGUGUUACAGAAAACCUGGAAACGUUCAGUUUUAGACCUGGAAAACCUGGAAAAAUCAGGGAAUUUCAUUUACUAGAUCUGGUAGACACCCUGAAGUUUCCUAUGCAGUGUCAAUGUCUAGCCGUUCAAGUGUACAAGUCUGCUUGGUCAAACCACUCCAGGUUGUCAUGAGAUUAAAAAUAAAUGAAAUAUGUUACAGUUUUUUAAAUUAUAUGCAAUGUAGACUUUGGAAAAGCAUAUUGUGUAUUGGGUUUUGAUUAAACGUAAGGGAAGUAUUUCAAGGGAAGUAAACUAUUAUCUAGAAUCAGCUUGAAUAUAUUUUAAUGUGUAUCUUGACAUGACGCAUAGAGCAACAUUCACUGAAUGUCUUCCUAGAGACAGCUGCUCACAGUAGCUGUUAAUUUAUGUGAUUUGAUGUCUCUCAUAGUGCAUUUUUGAUGAACUUAAUAUUAUUUUACAAGAAAUAAUGCUUUGACAGAAAAAUUAACGUAUUUACGUUAACCUGGUGUGGAAAUCUUUCAUAUUAGAACUAAAUAGAAUUUUUGCCAGGUAAUUGGUUGUCGCAAUAAGUAUUACACAUAAUGUAUAAAACUGAUGUAUUUAAAUAUUUAAAAAAAAUAUUGUUGAUACAAAUUGUGUACUGUAAAAAUAUUUUGUGUUGCUUCUUGAUGAAACCAGUAAUUGAUUGUAGGAAUUUGUUCUUGAAUUUUUGAGACUGAUAUUUGUUAGUGAUUAUGAAAAUGUUGUAUGCAUACCUAUUUUUAUUAUUAUUAAACUUUAUAGCAAAA